CUCCAACUGCAAUACCCAGUCUCAGGAUAUGCGGGUUAUGGUUGCAGACGACGAUGACAUGGAAGUGUCACAGGCUCGUAAACUGCAUGAGAAACAUGACAGGGUAAAGGGGAAAGGCACAUUUGAAGGACGCCCCUGGAGCCUGUAUGAGGGCUACGAAAUCAUCCUUCUGCACCAAGUUGAGGCUCUUAUACGCCUAGGAGCACACCCGAGGCUUAAGGAUCUAGUUUUUAAGCUGUGGGUGAACUAUCUGCACAAACUGGAUGUGGCAUUCACUGAUGAACCCUCUCCAUGUGAAGUGUUGCAGAAAAUGGAUCGGCAAAGAGAGAAGUUCCGAGGAACAACUCGCAAACCACGUGUAAAGAACGUCCUGUCUCGUAAAAGUCUGAAACAAACUGUCGGAGUGAGCCAGAAAAAAGUGGAAAAGCAGUUGGACCGUGAAGCACUGCAAGAAACACUUAUUGAUGAGGAAUUUGAUGAUGGAGAAAACCCAGUAGAGCUGAAAGGGAAUGUUGAGAGUGACCUAGACUGGAGCAGUGGUGAUGAAGAUGUAGAAGAAAAUGAGUGGGGGAGAUACAGGAGGAAAUUACACAAUCGUGAUGUCCACAAGGUGAAAAUGGCAAGUACAGCAUGCUUGUGCUACCUGGGCCUGAUGUUCACAAACCCCGCCACUACGAUAGCUGACAUAGUCAGAUGGAUACGGACAGACAAACUCCCCUAUCGCAAUGCCGCCCUUUUGCUUCCAGAAGAGAUGAAGUUCUGUCUCAAUGAUUGGAAGUGCUUUGGAAUGGGCACCAUACCUAGCAGUGAGAAUCUGCGUCUUGACACGGGUCGUCUGGCAGUGUUUCUAAACCUCGCCAAUAUUCCCAACUAUCCUCUUUUACUGCUUCUACACAAGUACAUUUUGCAGCUUGACCUUCCAGCUGAGAUCCAUGGAUAUGCUGCGAACAUCCUGCAUGCCACGUUUCCUACAACGGCUUAUGAACUCAAUGAAAAAAGGAAGAAACUGCCAUUUUGGGAAGGAAUGGCCAUGGCUUCCAUCAUUCUGACAUUGAAGCUCUUUCUUGGGGUCAACGACAGUACAGAAAGAUUGAUGUCAAGCAGUUCAUGCCAAUUACAGGGGUAUACAGAUCAAAAGCUGUUUGUAUGGGACGACUGGGUAAAACAUAUCAAAGAGAAACAACUCCUCCUUGAUAUCAGAUCAAACCUCGGACACGGAAGGGUAGAAGACGACACCGUCGAUGCCUUGAUCCAUCGAGUGGAGGCCAUUCAGUAUUCUGACACUCACGGUCGGUUAUACAAGCGGGAUGUUCGCGAAUCACUGAAACAACCAUUCACAGAGCUUGCUGAGCGCUGGGCCCAGACUGAUUCUGGUUCCCAUAGAAACCAACCAAGCAACAAGGUCAACACUGACCACAGUGAUACCAAAAACGAUCCAAGUUUGGUGUUUUCUUCGAGUUGGGUUAGCAAAGUGUCAAGAGAAAAAAGAAUGGAGAAAUUGGGGGAAAAGAUUGAAGAAGAUGCAACACAUUUGAAGCACAGUACCAUAGAACACUUGGUUAAUCCAGAGUGUUUUACAAGUUCAUUGAAUAACCCAGAUACUAGUGUAGAUCCUUUUAUAAACGAUUUUGAUGAAAGUUUUGAAUCUCCUGAGAAACGGCCCAAAACAUAUGGUAACUCACACGGUGUCACUAGAGGUAACUUUCGUUCAGAUGGAGGUAAUGCAUUUACCAUGAUGACAGAGAAAACCAAGUGUGAAGCAAUUUUGGCAAGACUUACAGAUCUCAAAGACAAACUUGCUUCUUCUGCAAACACAUGCGUUACCCAAUCUGUGUCUUACAACUGGUUGCUUGGUGUCUGCAGUGAGUUGAUUGAAAGUGAGGCUGAUCUGGUUCACAUGGAGCUUGGAAAGCUUGAAGUCAAGCUUCUGGGUGGCCAGGCAGGAUCUUCCACUAGGAAGACCCUUUAUCACUUAGCAAAGGCUGAGAAAGUGCAUUUCAACAAUAAGCCUGCGUUCUUGUAGAAUCCGGCAGUUACAUGUUGUAGGUUUGAAUUAAUAACUGUUUUAUUGAAGAGUUUCAAUGUCAUAAUAUAUUUUUAUGAAUGUCAGAAUGUUACCAGAUCGACAGUAUGUAUAAACAUUAUGCCUUUUGUUUUUGAAGCCUCAUAGUAUUGAUUAUAAGAUGUUGUUUUUGCUCAUUGACUUAAUAAUUUAAGGCGUUGUAGUAUAAGGGAAACAACUUUGAAGAUUUGAUACAGACAGAGUGGCUUUCUGCCUAUGUACUACCAUCAAAGGUAGACUAUUGAGGUUCAAUAACAUUAAAGAUUAAUGUCUAUUAAAAUUGUCUCUCUUUUUCUAGUGCACAUGGUGAGAUUUGGAACUACUUUUUUUCUGCACAGUUUGCUUAAAGCUUCACGUUCACAGAUUGAAUGUUUUGACAACCUUUUUUUUAUUUUUUGUCUUGGAAUUAGCAAAUUUUUGCGUAAAUAUCUGCAAACCAGUGAUUAAAGACUGCUGACAAAAGAUCAGAUCGCAGCUUUUCAUAUUUCCAUCCAAAAAUUGAUGUUUUAUGCAUUUUUCUUAAACCGUUAGUAACGGUUUAAGCCAUAAAACAUUAAAUUUGAAAUGGAAAUAUGAAAAGCUGCGAUCUGAUCUUUUGCCAGCAGUCUUUCAUCACUGGUUUGCAGAUAUUUACGCAAAAAUUUUCUAAUUCCAAGACAAAAAAUAAAAAGAUUGAAAAAUGAUAAAUCUGUGAGAGUACAGCUUUAAUAUGGCCCAAAUCAGAGGCUCUCCUUUUAAAACUUCACCAGUUAAACAGGGACUAGUAUAAUUGCAGUACAUGUAU